CACACGCGAACCCAAAAUUGAAAGCGGCAUUGGAAUCACGUGUCAAUCGCUUUGAUCGAUGACUUCACAAACCUGCUCUCCUUCGAUUGACAGGCAAGCUCCAAACAUGGAGGAGCCGUUCCGCAUCAACAAGAGGAGAAAGGUAUUUCGCAAGCGACUCGACGAAGAUGAAGACAUGCCUGAUGCGCGAAUUUCGCCAGCGCUUUCUGCUAAUCCUCCAUCGAAUAUGGAAGAGCCCACUGUCCUCGCUAGCGACCUCAAUCUUGUGCGACGAAGACCGAUCGUCAAAAAGCAUGGCAUCGCAUUUACUGCUGGUGGAACGCAGUCACUAGAUCGCAACGAUGAGCAAGCCAUGAUCCUCGUCCCUCAGAGUCUAGAUGAGCUCCCGGCUGCGAACGAUCGAUUCGUGAAGCCGACCGGUCGCGUAGGAGUCGUGGAAGACAAGCACUUAGACUCCAAGCUCGCACAAAUGCGCUUCGCAAAGUCUCAAUCAAUGGCACGCGCGCCCGAAACGACUCUUGAAAGCGCUGCACUCGCCGCAGAAGCACCUAUUCUCGAAGAUGAGCCGAUGGACGGCGCCGACGAUUCCGAAGUCGAUGAGCAGGGACUGUCAUCAAUUCAGACUUCCGGAAAGCCUCACGAAUACGGCAAAAUCCAAGCCAUUCCCAGAUCCUCCAAGUCUACUCGAAGACGUCGCCGCCUCCCACAAGCACUCGACCCCACCGUGGCCGAGCGCGCUACCAUGGUCGACCAAAUAAUGCAAGAGAGCUUCGUCCCGCGCUACGCUAAGAAGUCCACCAAAAUGAUCCGCGGCCGAGCCACCACCACCGACGCAGCAACCUCAAACACGGACGCUCACAAACUCCAAGCUGCCGGCCCGGGUGAUACGCAAGGCGAAAACGCCGAAGACCUGGUAGACAACGACGAAGCUGUGGCCGAAGCCUUCAAAGCCGAAUUUCUCCGGGGUCUGCGCGAGCGCAAUUCGCGGAAGCGCGAGAGACAGAUUCUCAAUGCGACGUCGACGCGUGCGGCGCCGCCGAAGGAGGGCAUUACUCCAAAGUUGGGAGGAAGUCGUGCGCAACGGGGAAAGAUGCGAGCUGCGAGAGAGGAGGCAGCAGCGGCGAAGACGGGCCCUACGAUUGGUGGAGGACCUGGUGUCGGCGCUGGAGGUGGAAGCUGAAGUUGUAGUGAUUGAGAUUGGAAUUAUGUUGAGGUGUAUGCACAAAAGACGAGGAUUGAGAGUUUAUGGUGUCAAACUUAGGAGAGUUCAGAUCACAUAAAACCCUGUCACUCGACUGGGAUACAAUCACGAUUGCCAU